GAUCAUAUGCCCACAACUGUUGACAUGUCGGUACCUGCUCCAGUAACCUCUACAGCGGACAAGGCUUUUAGUGUUGAAAUUGAGGGUGAAGAUAAGCAGGAGUCUUUGCAUGUAUAUGAGGAUAUUCCUAGUACAUCGUUGACGAAAGUAAUGGAAGAUCAGGUAACAGAUGUAGGGGCAAUGCAGGAAGCUGAUGGUCUGGAUAGAAGCAAUCUAGUCAAAGCAGUGAUAUGGAGAUUGAUAGCCAAAAGAAUCUCACUUUGUCUGAGGUUGGUGAGAAUGCACAGUCUGUUUCAAGAUUUGCUUUGGACGACAAUAGAAUAGAGGAGGCAUCUCAUGAAGCAGCCC